UGUAAUAUUCCGCUAAACCUAAUUUUAAAAUAUAGUGAUCACUUGUCUUGUUUGCUUUGAAGAAGUAGGUACUCAAUUUCCAUUUUGACAUCUUACUUUGGUGUUGCCAUAUAAAGAAUAUAAUAUUAGUUCCUCUUUUAUUAAUUUCCACUUGAUAUCUACGCUUUUUUGCCAAGCUGCAAAGCUGGCCGUGGUGCACAUUUAAAUUUUGUUUGAUAAAAUAAUGUAUUGUACGCGAUUAUUAUUGUCUUUCAGUCGAUAAAUUAUUAAAAUUUAAACAUAUAUAUUAUUUCCCUUAAAUUUUAAAACAAAUUUAGUUUUAUUACGCAGUUGUGUUAUUAUUUUGCCAAACAAAACUUUUAUAAAUUGGGGUACACAUUGGCAGGUAUUUUUAAAAUGAAAGGAUUGCGUAAAAUUUUAAAAUCUUAUGAAAUUGUUAAUUAAAUUUAAGUGAAACAAAUGAAUAACAUUUUAGAUAUUAGUGGCAAUUAAAGCUAAUGUUUUUACAAACGUGCAAAGAAGUCCAACUAUAGGAGAAGAUAAUUCUUUUGAAACUUUGAAACUAUCCUACACCUAAGAUCUAGGUCAAUCGCUGACUACUUUUCAAAAUGUUUAAAUGUGAAGUGAACGUAUUCGAGGAAGUUGAAAUUUUUUUAAAUAGCGGUAUGGAUUGCUCCUCUGCAGAUUUGAUGGAUCAUCUUCAAACCAUGAUUAACAGUAAUGUUAAAACCACCGAAAAUAUAACGAGUGAUCUAUUAGACUCCGAGUUUCUGGAAGAUAUUAAACGCUUAAUAGUUUGUGAAAACAUUCCUAUAUUUUUUGGUAGAACUAUGAGGGAUAUAAAAGUUCUUCUUAUAGAUGAUAGUCUCCGAGAACAUGAAGUCUUUGUAAAGUAUAAAAAUCCUAAAAAAAUAUGUAUAAGUUCAGUUACAUUACCACACUCUCCUUUACAAGAAUGUGAAUACAGCUCGUUACCUGAAAUAGUUCAUGCAUUUAGAACACAUAUUGAAAAUUUAUGCAAUUAUUUUAAUGAGCUUGAGCGUAUUGAUAGAUUUUGUACUGUCAUGGAACCUUUGGAGCCUACAUUUAAGGAUGACUUUAGAAAAAUACUUCUAGAUGAAAGAACAUGGCUGCAUAUUGAGGUAUCACCAGAUGGAAUAGCUAGUAACAUGCACCUAGUAGGUCAGUCUGAAUUAUGGAGCAGCAAAUUGCAAACAGGUCUUCUGUCUUGGGAUCAUGAUAAAGAUAUUGUAGAAAAUAUUAUGACUGUUUUUGGUAAGGUUUUGGAAAGUACUAUAAAUGUUUAAUGCUUUAUUAAAUUUACUGGAGACCACUGUCAGUGGUGUUUAAUCUGGUGUAAGAUUUUCUCGAUAAUAAUUAUUGAAAUAUAUAUUUGUGGUAUAAUAAAAAAAUAUAGUGCCACAAUACCAACAUCAAAAAUUGCAACAAUUAUUAAAUAUCAACAUUAUAUCUAGAAACUAGAGAUGUUACAGAUAAUGGUUCAUCCAAAGAUGCAGGCCACACAGUAGGCAAAAAAGUGGAAUAGAAAAAACUUAAAAAAACCAGAUUCAACUUCAAACUUAAAAAAAGUAAUAAAUAUUUUUUUUAAAGUUCAUUCAGACUAUCUUAUAUACUAAACAAUAUAUAACAUUAAAAAAUGUUUCUCCUUAAUGUGAUUGCUCUUUGGCAAUUAGUUUUCUAAAGAUGUUUGACCAUGGACUUCCUACUCCAUGUUGCUCCCGCUACCUUUAUUUCAUCCUCCCAUCUUUUCUUUUAUCAUUCAAAAGUGAUAAAUAAUACUUAUCUCAAAAGGGACUUAUUCAAGAAAAUGCUAUUAAAGUCAGGUGGAGGUCUCUUUAACUCUCUUUUUUAAUUAAUGGCUUAUCUGCACAUUUCGCACAAUUCUGCCAAUGUCAAGUAAAUAAAUAUUUUUUUACAUGUAAAAUGAAAGUGAAAUGAAUGAAAGAUCAAUAUGUUUAAUGGAAAACCCAGGUGGAGGUCUCCUGUAGGUUUAUAAAUAAGUAUUGUCUAUUACUCUUUAAAGUUUGAAGUAGGUUCUAUUUUUAUUUCUAGUUUUUAUUUGAUUUUUAUAUAAUAGGUAACACUAAAAAUAUUAACUCUUCAUGGUUAUUAUGGUUAUUUACAUUAUAAAUACAUAAAUAGCCAAAAUCGCGCAAUAAACGCUAUUCUAUGUAUUGUUGC